AUGGACACUGUAGAAAAUUGUAUAGAAGAAAUAACCAAUUCGCUACACAAAAUCGAGGAUCCCGGUCAGCUGCAGAACGUACACCGUUGGGUGAUUAAAUUGACGACGGGUGAGCCGAACGGGCUCAAGGAGGACUAUCUCCGAUUGUUAGAGUACACGAUCAAGAGCGGCGACCUCCGAGAACCGUUCGACAGUCCGCCAAAAGAAGGCCGACUUCCCGGUCUGAGCGAGCUCGUCCGCAGGCCGUCCUCGCCGUCGCCCUGCAGCCCGGAAGAGAGAAACCGUUCCGCACUGUCCGCGGGCGGUUGCGGACUCCCGGACUAUGUAAAAGAUUGUACCGCCAAAGAUAGAACCGGGCCAGAACCGUGCCCGGAGCUGGUCGGCAUCAUCGAGCAGACUAACUGCGAAAUCGCGUCGCUGCAAAGGUUCAUGGCAGACGUACAACGAUACACGUGCGACGGCGGAAAGCUGAUGGAACAAGUGUGCGGCCAGAUGAUGGACGACUACCUGCAAGCGGCCGAGGCCGUGUUCGACGACAGGGCGCAAAAAUUGAGCGACUCGCUGGCCAAGGAACAGGUCGCGCUGUUGCUCCGGUACAGAAACGAGAAGCAGCGGAUGAUCAGCAGGGCUCAGAUACUGCUGGACUACGUGCGCGAACUAAUGCCCAAGUUCAUACACAGCGAGUACAUAGUUGAGCCGGAAGCGUACAUGAAACGGCUCAUUAUGGAAAAGAAAAACGCUAUUUUGGCUAAGAAUACGGACGGCGAUGAUAAGAACUCGACGACGUCCGCCGAGCAGGCUGACAGUUCGGCGACUGACAUAGAACACAAAAAAUUGCUGUCGGCGCUCGUUUGGUUGCGGUCAGAAGAGGACCGGUCCGAGUGCGAAAACUUGGCGCUUGUCGAGCGGUUCGAGUCCAUCGUGGUCGCCAUCGACGCGGCAUCCAGGAGAAGGACCGCCAACGAGUGUCAGGCCAAAACCCAGAGGAGCGAGUUGAGAUGCGAGUUGGACAGUCUGCGAAAAAAGUCCGCCAUGCAGGUGGCGCAGAUUGACGACUACGUGGACAAGAUUAGUGCGGAAAAGACCGAAUCUAGACCCUUGUGCUAG